AUGGGUUGGUUCUUUCAAUCCGAAUUCUUUGAGUUUGAGUUCCUUCGAGUCAUCGGCACAGCCCCCGUCCAAGGGGCCGAGGUGGGCGAAUGUCUAGCUGCAAAAUCUUCCAUCCAAGAUGGCAAUAUUGACAGCUGGCAUAAAACAUGGGUCAAGUUCGGCCAAAUGGCAGACACUCUGGGAGCCGAAGCUCUAGAAGCCAAAGAUCAUGAAGCAGCUCGGUGGGCCUUUCUUCGAGCCUCAAACUACUGGAGAGCAAGCGAGUUCUUCUUGCAUUGCAACCCCGCUGAUCCGAAAAUAUGCGAGGUCUUCGAAAAGAGCGUUUCAAGUUUCCGAAAGGCUAUUAAGCUACUCGAUGGAGAAGUUUUGCUUCUGGAAAUUCCAUUCGAAGACAUGGUUUUGCCUGCCUACCUCUUCCUGCCCCCGGCCCACAAGCAACUCCCUAAUGGUACCCCACUUAUAAUCCACACCGGUGGAUUUGAUUCCAUAGGCGAAGAACUCUACUUCUAUGUUGCUUCUGGGGCCACUAACCGGGGUUAUGCCGUCCUCAUAUUUGAUGGGCCGGGCCAGGGAGCCGUUCUGCGUCAGCAAAAACGCCAUUUUCGACCUGACUGGGAAAUUGUGAUUUCACGUGUUCUCGACUAUGUGAUUGAGGCCGUUAUUCCAGUGACCCCACCAGCCCAUCAAAUCGAUGUGAAUCGCAUUGCUAUCUUCGGUGCAUCAAUGGGUGGUUAUCUGGCUCUACGGGGAGCAGCCGACCCUCGGAUCAAAGCGUGCGUUUCAUGCGAUGGAUUCUACGACAUGUUCGACGUUACGCGGACGCGCAUGCCUUCUUGGUUCAUCAAUAGUUGGAUAUCUGGAUGGAUGAGCGAUUCGGUCUUCAAUUCGGUUGUGGCCAUGUUGUCCCGUCAAAGCUUCCAACUGGCGUGGGAGUUCGGACAUAGCAUGUGGGUCUAUGGAGAUGCCACGCCCGCAGAUGUGAUGCGCACCAUGCAACAAUUCACUCUAAAGCAGCCAGAUGGUUCGGAGUUUCUCCACAAUAUCAAUGGGGCCGUUAUGGUUACAGGGGCGCAGGACACCAUGUACUUCACGCCUGAUCUGAAUGCGCGCCGAAUAUUCACCCGUCUCACCCAUUUACCCGAGGAUCGGAAAGAACUCUGGGUGCCGAGUGGUGUGGAGUUUGGGGGCCAACAAGCUAAGAUCGGUGCAAUCGGCGUGAAACAGCAGCGUAUGUUUGCGUGGUUGGAUCAAAAGUUAGGAAUCCGCCGAUGA